AGUAGCUAGCUUUUUAUUGCCCGGUAAUGGGACCCCCUGGCAAACCGGCCGGAUUUACCCUGGGGUGGUGAGGGAUUUGGGACAAAAUUGGAAUUUAUUUUUAGCGCUCAAGGACGUGAAAUUCUACACCAGGACUUGUUUUCCCCACCAUAAUUGCACCAAGCAUUGCUGGGGGGUGGACCAGUGGGAGGAGCCAGUUUUCUGUGCUGAAACUGCUCCCACUUUCCACCCCGGUGGAAAUGGAAUGGCCCUUUGGGAGAUCUUCAUGUUGGCUUUGACCUCCCUCUCGACUUUCUUGCUGCUCAUACUUUUGGGGUUGGCGUGGAAGAAAAGAGAUGCCCGUGAAGAUCGUGAUUUCCCGAUGAUACGGAAACCCUUCAAAUUUAACCCAUAAUUAUGGAUUUUUUGAGCUGUCCAAGACCGAAAAUUUUCCCAGAAUCGAGACAAGGAAAAAAAUCCCCAAAAGGUUUUGGAUGGCUACCCUGAUUUUUGUUGAUUAAUAAAAUUGUUGAUUGAUUUUAGUGCUUUCUUUUGAAGAUUUUUACUCCCCUUUAUUUACUCGAAUUAUAAACGAAGCCUACCAACCAAUUAUUCCUUUCCCUCUCUGAAUUUCUAACCGUCUGACCUAUCAGUACCUUCCUUUGUGUGAGGGUAUUUUGGUCCCGGGAAUGAGGAAUUGAAGACUUACAUCCGAGAAAUGCCCGAAUAAGACAGUAACUAACAACUCAGUUUCUAUCAUAAUACAUCUACUCGGGAUGAAGCAAAGAAGAAUGAGACUG